AAUUUUUCGCUUCAACUUUGGCGGUAACCGUUUUUGAAAUGAUUUCCUCCAUAGAAUACCAAUGCUUGUUUUAAAUAAUUAAAAAGGAAACAUUUCAACCAGAAUACGUCUUACUGCGCAAUGUCUAUUGAGAAUGCGGAAAUGGAUACAAAGGGACUUAGGAAGUUGAUUGAGGACAAGGCAAACGAUGCAAUAGAAGGAAUACAAAGAUGUCGCGAUACAUAUCGAAGAGAGAUGGCUGAGUGUAAGCACUUUGUGAUCGAUAAAGUAUCUACGUUUUUUGCUGAUUUAGAAAUGCGAAGUCAAAAACAAGAAAACGUCGAUGACGAAAUAAUACAGGGGCUCAUAGUAGAACUCAUGGAACAACUCGAAAACAUAGAUACUCUUUUGAGCGAAAUUCAUAUGUGUAGAGAUACACUUUCAAAGCUAAAUAAGAUGUUAACUGGGAAAGUGGAUUCCAACUGAUUUACGCUCGUGUAAAUCUUCAUAGGCGUUUUUUGCUAAACGAUUAUAUCUCUAAACUUAACCUGGACUGAAAAAUUCAGUCAGCUUAGUAUGUUAAAUACUUCAUUUUUCCUGGAAAUUUCGCGUAAUUUCAAUAAAAUGUCUGUUCUGGAGACCGGAUUUUAAAACGACCAUUAAGUCUAUCACGGAUUAAUAUGUAAUCAGUUAUCAUGAUCCGAUUACUUUUUGGUGACAAAUGACUCUCCAUCAUUUCCUUUCCCAAGGUAACAUUUAAAUUUCCUAUUAGUCACUUUACUUUCACCAUCGUAUAUUAUCUUGUCUCAGCCGUUCUAAGUUUACAUAUUUAAACAAACGUUUAUUAAUGGAAACAAUGUUCAC